UCUUUCUCCUUCUCUCUCUCUCCGCACAUCACCACCUCCACCUUUGUACUCCACGAUGGCCAACGUCAAGUUUGGUAAGUAUUUGUUUAAUUUCUGUAUCAAGAAACCUGAAAUCAAAUUGUGUGUUGAUUUGGGUUGGAGAAGAAGCAAAACAAAGAAGAUGAAGAAGAAGAAGAAGAGCAAAGAGAGCAACAAUGGAGAAGAAGCAAAACAAAGAAGACGAAGAAGAAGAAAAGCAGCAGGUUGUGAAUCCAUGGAAGGUCGAGGCCAAGGAAAGCGGAAAAAUCAACUACGACAAGCUCAUCGAGUAGUUCGGCUGCCAGAGAAUCGAUCCAUCUCUCGUCGACCGCGUCCGCCGCCUCACCUCACGCCCUCCCCACGUCUUCCUCCGCCGCGACGUCUUCUUCGCCCACCGGGACUUGAAUGAGAUUUUGGAUGCGUAUGAAAGAGGGGAGAAGUUUUAUCUCUACACUGGGAAAUGGCCUUCCUCUGAGGCCUUGCAUUUAGGGUACUUGAUUCUGUUCAUGUUCACAAAGUAAGGCUCUAAUUGAAUUUCAACUCCAUUAUUUUUGAAUUUCGAUUGGGAGUGUUUGUUUG